AUACAGCUACCGGGGGAGCCGCCACUUCCUUUCUCGUCUCCCGUUCGGCGUGGUGUGUUCAGGCGCGGCCUCGACAUGCAGAACGACGCCGGCGAGUUCGUGGACCUGUACGUGCCGCGGAAAUGCUCCGCCAGCAACCGCAUCAUCGGCGCCAAGGACCACGCGUCCAUCCAGAUGAACGUGGCCGAGGUUGACAAAGUCACCGGCAGGUUCAACGGCCAGUUUAAGACCUACGCUAUCUGCGGGGCCAUCCGUAGGAUGGGCGAGUCAGAUGACUCCAUUCUCCGGCUGGCCAAGGCUGACGGCAUUGUCUCAAAGAAUUUCUGACGGAGAGAGUUAUGGAUGUGGAGUAUUUGUCGUAAAUAAAGAGUAAAACUCG